CAAUGCCGGUACCACGUGUAACAAGAGACGCCGCCGCAACCAAAACGAAAAAUGACUUGAAAAAGGAUUCAGGGAGAAAGGACAAAAGCCCAGAAAACGUAGCAGCGAGAAAUGAGGUCAAGAGCAGCAAGGCGGUGGAUGAUGUUGCGUUGCUCAAGCGACUAGCAAACAGAUCUAGAAGCCCAACAUUUAUCUUACACUCAAAAGUGAAAACGGAAAAGCUUGACUCAGUGGCCAAUCGCGAUGAGGCGGAAACGGUUCCAUCCCCUGAGGGGAGCAACUGUAAAAGAGAAGUGGACAACCGGAAACGGGGUAAUAUGUUUAUCCAGAGAGAAAGUACGGCGAAGGGCAAAGCCUUAGCGACGUCUGAAGUCGUUCCAAACAAAGUAAAACGGCAUUGGAAGUUCGUUUCCAGCACUCGAGGUCCGAUUUCAAAUCAACGUAAGCCGACUUUGGGGAAAAAGUCUGGCCAAGAAGCAGCAUCCGACGUGUCUGAGACGUGCGGCAGCCAGCAUACAACCGUGUCGACAGACGAGCCGCUGCUAGAUGCCGGACUCGCCGGGUGCCCUUACACGCAGUCUAGAGAGACAAUCUCCCUCCCUUCCGACAUCCUGCACACAGAGUCCAACUCUGUGGCGCUGUGUCAGGCCAACGGGAACGACAGCUACCUCGACGUCAGCUGCUCCAGUUCGAUGGACGUUGACGCCCUGCCCAACGAGAUGAUCCAAUACGAGGCCCAGCCCGAGACGACCUACUUAAGCCGUCUGCAGCGGUACGACGCUCAGACCGAAAAAAAUACGACAAAUGUUACCCCUGCCAGUAAGAAAACGGCACGAUCAAACCAGCCUGAGUCGAAUGAAGAAGAAAUCGGGAAUUUUCAGCUUUAUUCAGAAAAAUGCGAUCCCCAUAUUAAGGAGGGUCUAGUCAAAAGUCGAAAUUUGAACCCAGAUGAAAGUAAACAAAAAACCAACCCACAGCCCGGUCAGGAUUUAGAGCAGACGAACUCAAGUGAGGAUAUGAAAAGAAAGAAAGACGAGGACAGUGGUGUCAACUCGCGAAGAUACGGUUUCUACACCAAGAAAUCCCGCGCGUCGCCCAAGAGCGUUAUUUUCUACAAGUCGGGGAUGAGCAACAAAGGCGGAUGCGAACCCCACAACAAGUUGGGCGAGGGGCAGGAGAAGCUAGUCCAGGAUCACAUCAACUCCCUCAACAUGCACGCCACGGGGGAAGGGGAGAUUAACGAGGAGAGUAAGCUGCAGGGGCAGCAAUCCAUCUUCAAGAAGCUGUUCUACAGAUCAUCAGAUGAUAAAAGGACAUCCACCAACAACGCGAACAACUCGGACCACUACAAAGUCAACGUCCACGUCCGUCCAAUGAGCAUAGCCCAGCUGGCGUCCUCAAAGGUUAGAAGUGUUUUAAAGAGUGCCGGGACAAUGAAAGCUGGGGCGGAGAAGCAGCAGAGCACCAGCAGCAAGAAUGUCCCAGCCAAACCUAGCGGUGUAGAUAAGAACAAGUUCCUGAAAUCCAAAGUCAAGCCGUCGCUUAACAACGAGGUGGAACAGGAACAAGACGCCGCCCCACCCGCCUCGCACAACACGCGCUCCGUGCUCACAGACACACAAAAGUCUGGGAAUAAAACCACUUCCUUCCGGAGUCCAAAGUCCAAAUGUCUUCACAGUGUUGCUUUCGGCUCAUAUGUGCCGCCAUUUACGUCAAUAAACGCCUGCGACGCUAAAUAUAGGUCGACUUUUUCAACCAAAUCGAAAUCGUCGAUCAGCAACGCUAGUGCCGACCAGGCCCCUGCGGUUAGCUCGAACAAAUCAAAGACCGUCAACGUUGAACAGAACGUCAAGCCGAGCCCCAAAUGUUACAACACGUCUUACAGGAAAGGCAACAACGACGUCAAGGUCAAGCCGGACGGUGUCAACAGCACCACAGCAGUCACUCACGACAAACUGCAAACUCCUGUUCACGCCGACAAGGAAUUUGGUGGCGGUCACGAUGAGCUGAAGACGCCGCAAUAUUCGCCACAAACGGGGAAACCCAGUAAACCGAAAUUAUCGCCCAAAGUCUACAGCAAGAGAAACGCCCCUGUGAGACAGACGAACAUGUUGGAUAUACUGACCCACCUAGAUGCAGGUUCAAGUCAAGAAGCGUCACAUGCUCCUAACACGCACGCUGCCACCACGCAACCUGCCACCACGCAAGCGGGAAACGUAUCGGGUUUUAAAACAUCGACUGAGAAGACGACCAUCAAACACAACAUUACCUCUGUCAUAUCGGAAGAUAAACCCAUCAACUCAUCCAUCCUUUCCAUCACCCCAUUGUUCGGCAGCUCCAAAGCCGCGGUCAGCUCGGCCGACAAAUGUGGCCCGAACUACUUAGAAAGCCUAGCUUCUCGCACAGCUCAGCGCAACGAAAAACGCUUCGUCCACAAAAACGUGACGCAAACAAGCCAAAAGGCGCCUCACAGAAGGCCACCUAAGACGUCGGCGUCACAUGUCCUUCAAAACCGGAAACCCGGUACACUAGGGAUCAUGAAGAGCCAGUCUCUGGUAAACAACACAUCCCAGAAAGUAACAGAGGAUCCAGAGGAGAAAGCCGAGAUUGCGCCUGUGGAGUCUGAGACCGCUCCUCCAGAAAAAUUGCAAUCGUUUACUUUCAUAUACAAGUCUUCGCCGAAGCCAACGUCGACUUACCGUUUUAAACUUAACUCCAGGAGAAGUAGAGCCAACACGUUCACCAAAGAUACCUCUCAGACAUCCAAAACUUCGAUAUCGGACCCCGGAUCGUUCUCCAAACUUUCAGAUAACCCUGCCUCCAAGCCUCAGGACGGUACGCCCCUCCUUCAAGGUACGAAAGCAAUGAAGGGAAAGGUCAAGUCCUUUUACCGGGCUAAAGGCAAGAGAUACUCCCUCCCUUUAAAUUUUGAAAGCAUUGUCGCCGAGAAGCCAGAUAUCAAAACUGAAUCCAAAAGCGAAAGUGUUCAGCGAGUUUACGCUGAGUUCUCCAAGAAAUUCUCCUACUCCGAGGGCACAAAUUUAAACAAAAUAGUUCGAGGCUCAUCAGAGCGUACGUGUCCGGACGUCAAGGAGACAGUGUCCAGUUUUGAAAGUUUUCUCUGCAAGAGGCGGUGUGUCUCGAGCUGUGUGGCGCAGUCGGUGACCCAAGAGUCGCGAGAGGUAAAGCAGUGUUGCUUCCGGGUGUCGUCCAUCAGGGAAGCCAAGACCCUUGCCAGGUCGAUCAUGGGAGAGGCCUACACGGAAUUCGCUGCUUCAAACUACUGGCUAUCCGAUGAAAAUUCAUCCGUGGAAUCUGUAGCAGUGGAGAAAGAGAAACCAAAUCCUACCGUGGCGCAUAAAGUGACGAACGAGAGAUUGAACAAACAGGAGGAGCACGAGCAGAAGUGGGCCCACCCAGCAGGCGAGCCGCCAGAGACUCCGGUGAGUGAGACCAACAGCUCACACCGACCCAAGCACACGAGGCGAGCCACUGCCUCCCCCGGGGAGAUCAACUUGCACCAGUCCGACUGCAACACGGGACUCACCAACAGCCCCGUGCCUCUCAUCCCUAACGUUAGGAAACUCGAUUUCAAGCCGAUGAUAUGCAUCCCCGUCAUGUCGGAGAACGAAAUAAAAACCAAAGGCAGAGAAGUCCAAACGCAUGCGUACGACGACGUUAUCAAGAGCAUCGUGAAGGAGAAGAUCGACGAGGAAGCUCCCAGCGACGUGGAUUCUCCUCAGAUGAGACACACUGAAAAUGAUUCGUUUGAAACACUAACCUAUUGCGACCGUCUAAUUUUGGAUGGUGUACGUAGGGCUAUUUCUCCGGGAAAUUCCAACUCCAUUGAACGCGAAGUCAAAGAUUCAUUUAGUAGCCAAGAUCAGCCGGUAGCCUCAACGCUGAAGAGUGAAACUGUGCGUCCAUCAUCAGACGACAGACACGGGCUACUUUUUUCACCAUCCAACAUGUCAAAACACCUGGGCAAACAGCAAUCCUACAAGGAGAGGGCGGAGAAAAUUGGCGAUCUCAUGCAGUCAAUCAGUAAAAAUAAAAGCCCACACUCUAAACAAGUCGUUAUUUCAGACUUUGACGAACUGUUUGGGUACGAGAAUUCAAUUUCUUACAACCCCGUCCCUAACCAGAGGAUUACCAAUGCUGAUAACCAAAAACAACGCAGGAUAAGCUUUGCCUUGGACGAGCAAAAGAGCGACAGUUUUGUUUCAUCGAUUAAAACCCCGAACUUGAACAUUUGUAGUGAAAACUACGCGAAGGCCAUUCCCAUAAAACCGAAAGUAGAAACAAUUCAACCGGUGUUGGAGAAGAGCCUUAGGGAAAAAUCAUUCAAAACACAUACUUCAAGUACGUUCCACGAAGAGUUGAGGAAAAACAGCCAAAUACCGCAGGAUUUAAGUAACGAAAGCGAGGUUCUUCCUAUUCAGCAGGAUCAGCUAGAUCCCAGUCUGGACAGCGAGAAGGUUCACCAGCUGGUCAACAAAUUUUCUGGCGCUGCAAAGGCUCCAUGGAAGUUUGCAAACAGCAAACAAAAGCUGGAGCACCUGACGGAGACAGCCAAAAGUGAAGCUGUCGACAUUGGCAAGGCAGAGAUCGUGGACACAACACAAAAAGUUCCCCCCGAGAGUGGAGUCAAGACAAGCCUGAUCAAAGAAGCUCCGACUCUGAAGAGUAGCAUCGCUCAGCGGGUCAACGAUUAUCUGAGCUGCAUCAACCAGACAUCACACCAGAGCGAGCCUUCAGUCAAACCCACACCCUGUGGCUCUGAUACCAGUGAGGAAGAUUCAAACCGGCAGCAGCAAGUACCGACACACGCCGAAGACGAGCUGCCUUGCUCCUAUGAUACUGAAGACCACGGCAACGGUAAAUCUAACGAGCAAGACAUCGCUGGGGCAUACGACAGCGCGGACAGCAAAUAUACUGACGAGAUCUCCCUGGGCAGCGCAUGCGGCCAGGCUAAGGAGAACUCAGGCACUGAUAUCAAAUCUUCAGAGAACUCCUUUUAUUCGGCCUUCUCCAGGGAAUCUUGUAGUGCUCAAACCAGCGGGAAUAAAAAUCUCCAUAACUAUUUCUUUAACAAAAAUCUGGCUGACUCCGCGAACGAAAUGACCAACCCAAUGCCCGUUGUUAUGGAAACAUCGGUGGAAGAUGAAACGCCGUUUGAUUUUGAUGCCCAGCAACAAGAAACUCCGAAGCCGAGCAGGAAAGUCUUGGACAACAGCGAACAGAUUCCUGAAGAGACAGCUGAGAUGGAAGUGGUCCAAGGUUUUGAUGACGCAGGUUUGGGUGAACUUCAUUGUAAUACACUUCAAGAGGAUAGUGCCUUAGGCUCGACAGUUUUCGCAGAACCAACCCAAAUUCCCGAAAUCAAAGACGCCCUGAACGAACUUAUAAACUCCAAGGAAGGUCUGGAUAACAUUGCCACGGAAAACCCCACAAGCUCCAAGUUGGAUACCAACAUUUCCACACCUAGUCUGUCGUUCAUUGAGCUCCACCCAGCGAUGUGUACCUCGCCAUCCCAGACAAAAGUCUGCCAGAACCCAGGCACCACGGCAUCCGAUGACCACCUCCCCUCCUGCUCGGACAGCCCCCAGCAGUCCCUGUCCCUGACCAAACUAGGCUCCUCCUCGGCCAGUUCCCUCUACAUCAAGCUGCAGCGGGCCAAGAAGUACCUGAUCCAGAACAAGUUCGACAUGUCUGUGGACAGCUUCAACUCCCUCUUCCUCGAGAACGUUCUCUAUCUGGAGGACAUGACCGCCCAGGGUGCCGGCACCAUGGUGGGGAACCCCAGCUUCGUGAAGAAGGUCAAGGCCCCGUCCAAGGUCGGCUUGCAGAAGAAGUUGAAGAGCAAAAGAAAGCCAGCACUAGACAAAGCUAACGAUGCCGACGACGCACGGGGGUUAAACGACCCCGUAUCAUCUCAAGCGGUCGCCGAUCAGAAAGGUCAAUCUAAAAAUAACCACAACGCGAGGCCCCAGAAAACCCCUGACCGCGCCAUCGACUUCCGAGCACGUGACCACGACUUCAACCAGAACAAAUUUCUCCAGCCCUUCAGCCAGGACUCGUCCAUCAGUCUGUCUGAGUGCCAGUACACCACAUCAGCCGCGCCAUCUUUGUCUGUCUUGUCCGAGUCUGCCUGGCAGUCUGUGUCUGUCUGCAGGUCCGAGUCCCCCACCCUCUGUCUCAGCGACCUCUCCCUGUCUUAUGCUACGUCUUUCAGCGAAUUCUCUCGAAUAAAAUCAGAAAAGUCGGAAUCCAACGAUUUACUCCGAGACUUUUCCGAGAAUAAAAAUAGUCCGAGUCAACUCGAAGAAUCCGAUUUUUCUAAACCUAACAAAGCGGAGAGUGGUUCGGAUAAAGUUAGUUCCCCUGAUGAAUUACCUCCCCCUGACACCCAUGUAACAAAUGAAGAUUCUCAAACAGAGCUGCUUGAGCAGACGGAGGACGAAAUGGAGGCGCGCAGACGUCGUCGCCUGUUGGAGCGUAUGUCUGGCAUUUCCAGCGAGGAUGCGCCGAGCUGGCGAACUAAAGUCUACCAGUCUGAUGACAAGCAGAGCUCGCCCCGAGGUGAGGAUUCUGGGAGAUCUCGUGAGCACUCGAACAGAUCACGUGAGGACGGGACCAGAUCUCGUGAGGACGGGACCAGAUCUCGUGAGGACGGGACCAGAUCUCGUGAGGACGGGACCAGAUCUCGCGAGGGCGGGGCCAGAUCUCGUGAGGACGGGAACAGAUCUCGUGAGGACGGGACCAGAUCUCGUGAGGACGGGACCAGAUCUCGUGAGGACGGGACCAGAUCUCGUGAGGACGUGACCAGAUCUCGUGAGGACGGGACCAGAUCUCGCGAAGACUCGACGAGAUCUGGAAAGGAAGGUUCAGAAACACCAUCCCGAAGACGCCGGUCCGAAGACGUCACCAACGACUUAGCCGAGCGUUUGGCGAGGCGGAGGUUCCAGCGUCUAGAGGAGCAGGGGGACAGCUCCAGCCAGGAUGGCUCCUUGGACCCGCUCCGGCAGCGGGACAGCCGCUGGAGCCGGGACAGCAGCGUGCGGUCUGCGGACAGUGGGGAUAACGCCGACACGGAUGAGAGAAGCUACCCGCGAUGGUCGAGAAGAAAUCAGGCGGAGAACGUUUCGAACAACGCCAAUGGGGAGCGGGAAAACGGUGUUAGGAGAAGGAGCCGGGACAGCAACAUUUCGGAAGAUUGUGACGAAACUAACGACGAUUCGGAAAGGUCAUUCCGGCGCUGGUCAAGAAGAAAGGAAACUCCGAGUCACGAGGAGCCGGAUGUUCCAAGCGAAAACAGGCACCGGAAAUGGAGCAACGCUGACAGUUGUUUUGUCUCCGCGGAAAGCUCGAUCGGUUUUCAGCAGCGCUCUGCGGACGGUUCGGAUAGGGAAAAUGAAUCGAGGAUGAAACAGUUGUCUAAGGACUCGGCGUUUUCGGAGUCGAGAGAUGGGAACGACGACACGAUCGUCAACUGCAACAACAACAACAACAGCGCCAACCUGCUGGCGGAGAGCACGACAGCCACUUCCGCUUUUCGUCGCCGCCGGAUGCAGAAUUAUCUGGAUGAGUGCGAAGAGAUGGGCGAAUCGUUCGCCGGGAACGUUCGCCAACAGCACAAUCAAGAUGGCGUCACAUUCGCCAGCAACGGACACUCCCUUCACCAGCAAGAUGGCGCCAAGGUGAAGGACAAACAUCCGGGGUUGCCUGAGGCAGGUGACGUGGAGUCUAGUGUGGACAAUGGGAGCAGUAGCUCUGACGUCACUUCCUUCGCCGAGAGCUUUAAGGCGAGACUGCUGCGCCUAAGGGGGGAGCAGGCGGAGGAAAAUGGCGCCAACAAGCCUUCAUUGCAGGCCAAUGGGGACAGUUCCACCCCUCCUGCCAGUCGGGCGGAUCUUCGUACUGACGAAUCGCCGGGGAAACAAGAACACCCUGGUGUAGAGGCAGUAGAGGGAAGCUCCGCUGUGAAACCCAGGAAAAAACGUGAGGACAAAUCGGCGGCCCGGAAGUCUGCUCUCAACAUGGCAACUGGCGACUCCAGCGACGAUAACUCACAAGAUGGGUCGGCUCAUGAGGAUGGGAGGUCGAUUAGGAAACGCACGGAGGGCUCGUUAGUGUCCCAGCAUGCCUCGUUUUGGGAGAACCACGCCCCCAAUCCCCAGCAUGCCCCGAGCUCUCGUGUCCGCACCAACAUCCCCACCCGCUAUCUGGGGGACUUGUCAGCAAAGAUAAGCGCUAGCCGGCAGAAGUUUAGCCAGAAAACAAGCAGUACUGACAACGAGGCCCCGACAGCGGCCAAGGCUAAACCCGACGUCACGAACGAUGCUAGAAAAAUCCGAGCAGGCCGCACGGACUUUGGUCAGCUGCUUCAGAAGUUUUCUGGAUCCGAUUCCAAUUCGGAGAAGUCUGACUCUGAGACCAACGUGACGGGCGAGGCGGCGGGGAGGAGGGGGGUACGUCGACAGGCAGCAGAAGAGAUCCUGUCGAGUGAGGACUCGGAAAGUGCCAGGAGAACGCCGGAACGGACGCAGAGUUUAAAAAUAGCCCCGAGCAUGGCGUCUAGAUUUGGCGGGGGUCUUGAAAAAAGUUCCAGUUUUAAGUCAGAGUUCAUGUCCCGUAGACUUGCUCAAACCGCGGCUGUUGUUAAAGAACCCACCCCGCCGAGAGUGCUGAAUCCGCCCCUAGAAAAAACUAUACCGGAAGUGAAACCAGAGGUUGUUGCAGCGACUUUCGGUACGGUUAACACGACCGCUUCUGUAACUGGAUACAGAUCUCUCCGGGAGUCGAUGAGAGACAGGUAUCCAACGUCUCCACGAGCCUCACCUGACAAAGAUGCCUUAACCCCCAGCAGACCAAAGAUCUCAGAACCCCCCAGCACACACGAACCUGCUAGUGCUGUAAAAGAAGACGUCGCUCCACCUGUAAGACUUUCCUCUAGUAGUUCUGAACCGGCAUCAACGACAGGAGGUAAAUCCACCAGUUUCUCGGCCCGGUAUGGUCUUUCUAGAAGAAUCACAGACAGUGUAAAUAGUAGUAAAGAAAAUGUUCCAGAGAUCUCGAGUAGCGUACCGUCUUUAAGCGGUCAAACAGUCAGGCCGAGGAAAGAAUCGAGCACUUCCUCUGUUGAAGAAGAUAAAUCCGCCAGCAUCUUAGCUAGGUACGGUAUGAGUAUUGAUACACCAGAGAAGAAAGAAGUGCCGGAGGGUGGCGGGUGUACGGGAGACAUUCCUUCAGGAGACUUGAAAACAACAGAGCCAGCUAAAGACGCCGGUGACCAUUCGAGUAUCGGACGGUCUAGUCGAUUGCUUGAGAUCUCUACACGAUCGAAAGACAGUUCGAUUACAAAUCAAUCGCAUUUUACGACCGAGCGGCUCACGGCGAGGGCGUCGCCAGCCAAAGACAAAACAUCGGUCAUUGAACCCAGUUUACUAUCACCUGACAGGAAAAGUCCAGGUAAGGAGGUCGCUACAGGUGGACUUGACAGGAGUCUGGAACUCUUGUCACGUGUGACGAAAGAACUGGACCACCCUGAGCAGCCCUCCUCCCUCCCCACCUCGCCGCUAAAUCUGACGUCACCAACCCGUCAGACCAACCCCUCGUCGUUCCAAGAGGCAGAGAACUUGAUUAAAAAAGUUGAUAAUAGGAUUUCCUCCAUGGCCAACAGUCAUUCUCCGGAAAAAUCAAAAUCUCCGGAAAAAUCAAAAUCUCCGGAAAAAUCAAAAUCUCCGGAAAAAGAAAACGCCCCACACACUCGUGUACCACCGGUACUGACAACAAAGUCUGCGGUUGACGUAAAACACAUAUCCCAACAACAAACACACGUACCAACCUCCAAGUCGGAUGUCGAGAAUAACCAUGACAAAGUAAAAGAACCCUCUAGACUAAAGAUGUCGUCGGUAUCACCUUCGAAGACAGAGGUUGAAAAUAACCAUGAUAAAAUAAAAGAAUUCACUAAACAAAGUCCUCAGCGGGAUCCUGAAGCUCCACACGAGGUUCCAGUCGGAAUUAAAGCUCUCUCCCCAACAAAGACUUCUGUCGACGUGCUUGUAGCUAAAUCUAUCAUAGCUCCACCAAGUUCAGUGGAGUCUAGCAUUGCUCCACCGACAUCAUUGAAGUAUGGCAUAGCUCCACCAAGUUCGGUGGAGUCUAGCAUUGCUCCACCGACAUCAUUGAAGUCUGGAAUAUCUCCAUCAAGUUCGGUGGAGUCUGGCAUUGCUCCACCGACAUCAGUGGAAUCUGAUUCUAGCACCAACAGCAUCAGAAGGACGUCGUCGUUUAAAGAUGUGACCGUCAAGAGAACCGACUCCUUCGAGCAGAGGAAAGGCAUCCUCAAGAGAACCCCCUCCCUGAAGAAGGAGAACGAGUCGGUCAUCGUUGACCCCCAGCUGUCCAAGAUCCUCCAGAUGAGGAAACAGAUGGUCGGUGACGUAGCCGAGACGGAGGAAGAGGCUGAAGAGGCAAAGGACGGCGUGCCAAAUUUAGAGAGACGAAAGUCAAGGUCACUGUCUGCGGCUGAGGAGAUCCAGGAGAACUUGAAGUACUCAAAGAUCAAGCUGGCGGAGCAGGGCAAGAACCCGGAGGAGGACGAGACGCUCAAGCCCACGAGCGUGGCUGAGCGCAUCUACUUCAUGCAGACCAGGAUCGAGGAGGAGAAGUACGCCGCCACCACGCCCAAGCCAAGGUCAGGGCUGUCCACGCCGAGGUCAAGGCCAAGGUCGGGCUACAUCACCCCCACCCUCGCCAAAUCUCUGGACGAGCACCUCCCCCCGAUCUCCACCUCCUCCUCUUCCUCCUCCCUCCACGCCCUGGCAACCACCAACUCGUCCCUGACAACCAGCGUCCAUGGCAACCAGUCGAGUCAAACGCCGCUAUCCAACACGAGGCUGAUAGAGAAACUCAACGAGAUUGCCGGCGCCACUGGGGUGGUUGAGGAGCGGCGUCACAGGUUCCAGAACAGGAACAGGAACGACUGGCGUCACCAGACGCAGCCCGUGACGCAGGAGGAGAUAAACGCCGCCGACUGCCUGGAGACGGUGAGCACAUUCCGCGCGCUGGUACGUAAACAAACAUCUUUUAACGCUUUCGAGCAGCUCCAAGCCCAGAGUCUCUCCAAGACUUUGGUCACCCCGGGGGUCAAGAAAUCCAUAGAGUUCCCCCAGCACUUGUCCCCGCCCCCCAAAAACCGGAACCGGCGUUUGAGGAACAGGACGCUUCCGGUUACAGCCGAGGAGCUGAACGCGGUGCCAGAACACCAGAUGCUGAUAACUGACCCGGAGUGGGCCAAGACCGAUGACUCCGAGAAAAGAGACUCCAGGACAGACUCUGGCAUACUUUCCGGAUCUGACGUGGACUUGCUGUACGACCAGUCCGCCGUGGGCAGUGAUGGUCAGCGGUUGCCUGGCAACCAGACUGACCUGGCCGAGAAUGACCCGUCCAGGAUGAGUAUCGCGGCCAAGGCGUCGUACUUCAAGAGCCUGGAGGAGAGGACCAAGGCGGAGAAGUCGGCCAGUGGGGCUAAAAGGUACAUCCUGAGGAAGAAGCGAGAGAGGUCCCAGACCAUGCCCAUCACCGAGGACGAGGUCAAGUGCGCCUCAGAGAUUGGAGAUACCGGAAAUAACACGUCACAAAACGAAGCGGUCAGUAGGUCAAGGUCGACGAGCGUCUCCGAAGAGGGAGAGAAGGAGGGUGAGCCGGACGAACUGACCAACCUGUCACUGUCCGAGAAGGUCAAGCUGUUCUCACAGCUCAAGGACAAGGAACAGCAACCUCCGGUCAAGGCCGAGGCACCCGUCAGGAGGAGGAAGGGGAAGACAGCCUCGCGGUUUAGCACACAGCCUGUGACGUCAGAUGAGGUAGAGCAAGCCGCUGCCUACUCCAGAAUCUCACCCCUCGCCAUGAGCAUGGUCAAACCCCCCGACCCGGAACUCUUGAUGGGCCUCCCCCUGAAAGACCAGCGCGCCCUGAUGGCCCAACAUGCCGAGAUGGUCCUGUCUCAGUCGUCCCUCAGGUCCAGGUCAGGCUCCACCACCAGCCUGUCCCAGCCCUCCUCCAGGAGGACCUCCGUCAGCCUGGAGGAUGAUGACGUCAAGAGGCCGGAGACAGAAGACGAGGAUAAGCUGGAAAAGAGAGGAAUUCUGAAAGACAAAAGUGCCUCAACCAAAGACCUCCACGAGGUGAAGAGCAUCCUAAAGGCCGAGCCCCGGAGCGCCAGGUCGGAGCCCGAGGUCCACAGCAUCCUCAAGUCCAGCCACGACGCCAGACACCAGCUGGAGACCACCGUCUCCCUCCCAGAGGUUCGCGGCAUCCUGAAGAAAGCCAAGUCUGAGGACAUGUCCGGUCUGGACUGUGACGAGGUCAGGAGCAUCCUGAAACACACCGACAGUGAGGAGGAGGAAGGGGCGGGGAGGCAGAGGUCAAGGUCGAACUCUCAGCCGUUCGGGAUUCUCAAGCGGGAGAAUUCUCCGCUGUCCGGCGACCACCCCUUGGAGAUUAAGGGAAUUCUGAAGACGCCUUCACAUGAGAAUGUGCCGGAGGUGAUGAAGAGUGCAAUGAGGCGCGGGAGUGCAGAUUCCGACUCCUCCACGGCUGGAGUGCUGAAGAGUGCCUUCAAAAGGAGCACCCACAGCUCGGAGUCUGAGGACGGGCAUCACGAGGGAGGGACUUCCGGUUCCGAAAUCAAAAGCAUCCUGCACAGGCCUUCUCUAGAACAAUCCGACUCUCUGGAUCUCAAUUCCCACAAGCAUGUGGAUCUGACGAUAUCCGUGUCCGACUAUCCAUCCAAUCAUCCACACGAUCACCACCCCAAUCCACCCACCUCCAAUCUUACAAGCAGCUCCGAGUCAUCGGUCACUAAAAGCACUGAGGUCAAGGUUACAUCCACGACUUCCGUGACAACAGAGACGACUGAGAAGACCACUCUGCAAGUGCCUGAGGACCUGGAUGCCAGGAGUGGAACCAGCGCCUCUGAAGGGGAAGGAGAGAGCAGUGCCGGAGAGCUGCUGGACACCCCGAGGUCAAGGUUGAAGAGGAGGUCACGGGUGGUGGACAAGACGGGUGAAAGAUACAAGACCCAGCCAACAGAACUCCCCUCUGAAGGGGCCAGCUCCACUGAGACCCCCAGGAGGAAGUACAAGUAUGAAGGGCGCCACAAGACCCAGCCGAUCACACCUGAUGAGAUGAGGGAGGCCGAGGCUGCUACACCUGUAUCCAACCUCACCAGAACACCUGGGGGGUCAAUCACCGACAGGCUAAACCAGCUGAAAACCAGUGGGGAAGAAGAAUGGAAGAAGCGCCUGGCUUCACCAGAUGUGGUGAAGCUGCGAGAGAAGAGUGGGAACACUGCCCAGCGGCCGUGCAGCAUCGCUGACAGGCUGACUGAGCUAGAGGUGUCCAGCAAGACAUGGAAGGCCAGGGUGGAGGAGACGGAUGUCAAGCAGUUCACAGUUGCUGGAAAACUUUCAAAUGCAGUAGACAGCCCUCUUGUCAAUAAAGUAAAAAAUCUGCCUAAAAAAGAAGCUUCAGUGGACUCUGGUUCCCAAGGCAACACUCCACUAGCAUCACCACUGACACCUACUAAAGAUUUUAUUGCCAAAAUACCUUUGCCAAAAGAGAUUGUUCAUGAUCCAACAGUGAAAAUUGUUCCAGUGAAAAAACCUUCUGAAAGUGAAGAAAAGAAGGAACCUGUCAGAGUGGAAAUACCCAACAUUGGGGAGGAAGUAGAGCUUUUCUUUGCUGUGAAAACAAUAGAUGAGAUCCAUGACAAAGUGAAAGUAGAGAUAGAUGACUUUGAUGACAUGUUCAUCCAAUCAGAGAACAUCCUGACAACAGUGCGCAGGAUCAAGCCUUCACGUAAAACAACAGCAAGCACCCACAACCCGCUGAAAACCUUGUCACAGAAAGUUGAGAUUCUGACAGAGUACACAGAGGUCAGCACAGGCAUCGCAGAGAUGGAGUUCCGUCGUGUCAAAAAGGAAGGAUUGGCCAAGGAUGCAGGGUUUGCUGAAGCAGCUUUAGCUGGACUGGCCAGCAAAGAAAACUUCAAGCAGGUCGAGCUCAGGAGAACAGACAGUGGAUCCACUGUGCAUGGCCUGGCUUUAGAGCCUUUCAAUGAGCUGAUGUUGCUGCACGUGAAAGGGAGGCGUACAAUUCAGACUCGUCUAGUGGAACCUCACUCCAGGUCUUUAAAUUCUGGAGACUGCUAUGUGCUGGUUACACCUGACAAAGUUAUACACUGGGAGGGGCAGUUUGCUAAUGUCAUAGAAAAAGCUAAGGCUAAAGAGAUAGCCAGUUACAUUCAGACCAAGAAAGACCUGGGCUGUAAGAAAGCUAAUGAAGUGGUCACCAUUUACCAGAGCAGAGAUCACUUAGGGUCCAGCAAACUUUGGACUGUCUUAGAGGGAGAGAAACAGGUGCAAGCUGCUGGCCCAGAUCAGGAAGAUGAACUGUAUGAGGCCUCCAUAACAAAAGCCAACAUGGUGUACAGACUAGAAGGGAAUGCUCUACUGCCUUAUGAAGAGUUUUGGGGAGCCAUACCCAAGUAUGAGAUGCUCAAGAAAAAUGAGGUUCUAGUGUUUGACUUUGGGACAGAAUUUUACCUGUGGCAGGGCAAGGCUGUGUCUAUGGAACAGAGGAAGUUAGGCCUGAAGCUGGCCAAACAGCUGUAUGAGAAGGGCUACGACUACACUGAGAGUGUUGUCAAUCCUGUCUCACCACUUAGAACUGAGGACCACGGUGGUCUGCCAGUCAAGGCCUCGACCCGCCCCAAAUGGACAAUUUUUGGCAAAAUCAAUCAGAAUAUGGAAACCAUCUUGUUCAGGGAAAAGUUUGCUGAUUGGCCGGAUUCCUCACGUUUGAUUGGUUGCAAGACAGAGACUACUGGGUCAGAGGUUGUUAACAAGGACAUACCAGUGUUGAAGCCCUACGAUGUCGCCCAGAUGAUUCCUCUGAACACCAUGCCUGUCACUCUAAAACUUGAGGGAGCCGACGUGGGCCGCGGGGUGAAGUGGUUUGAGGACAUGCAGGGCUUUAUCAAAGAGCUGGACAUCAUCACCAUAGGAGUCACAAUGUGGCAUGUUAUGGAGUACGAUCACAACAAGCUGGAGAAGGAGAGCCAUGGGCAGUUCCAUGAGGGAGACACCUAUGUUGUGAGAUGGGUCUACAUGAUUGCUAGUGCUAAUCUACGCACACUGAAGGGCACCUCCAAGAAUGUACCAAAGGGCAGGGAGAGAUGCGCCUAUUUCUUCUGGCAAGGAUCCAAGUCUACCAUUAAUGAGAAAGGAGCCUCGGCCCUUAUGACUGUAGAGUUGGAUGAGGAGAGGGGUCCUCAGGUGCGAGUUCUACAGGGCAAAGAGUACCCCUGUUUCCUGAAUCUCUUCAAUGGCAAUAUGGUGGUUCAUAUAGGGAAGAGAGAGGACCCAGAUACCAACACCCCUGGGUCGUGGCGCCUCUUUUGUUUACGUGGAGAUUAUGAGAAUGAGAUGUGUCUUGUUGAGAUCCCAGUGUGUAUAGAAAACCUUCGUAGCAGAUCCUCUUUAGUUUUGUUGAAUGUUAAGACUGGGCUAGUGUAUAUAUGGCAUGGGGCCAAGUCACCCCAGCAUGUUCAGGAAUUGUGUCGUAAAGCAGUUAACAGGUUCAAAGAAAGAACACCUUUAGAAUUCAGUCUUCACAAAAGUGCAGUUAUUACAGUGAUAGAAGUGAAUGAAGGGGAGGAGAAAAAAGAAAUCUGGGCCGCAUUUGAUAGUAAAGAUAGAAGCAGUUACCAUUCCCUGUUGGAAGACCCCCGGCCUUACAGCCACACCCUGAGGCUGUUCCACAUGUCGAGUGUCAACAUGGUGUUUGAGGCCCACGAGCAGCUCAACUUUUCUCGAGUCCCAGACCUUCACACACCCUUCCCCUUCCUCCAGUCUGAUCUCUACAGGGUCUCACAACCAGCUCUCUUCCUGUUGGAUAACCAUCAUGAGGUGUACUUGUGGCAGGGGUGGUGGCCCUUUGGGUCACAUGACACGGAUAAUGUCCACACAGGCUCGGCCACGGCUAGGUUUAACAUGGACAGGAGAUGUGCUAUGGAGACAACGCUUAAUUAUUGUAAAGCUAAAAACCCCAAAGAGCCACCCACAGCCUAUUUGGUGUGUGCUGGAGUUGAACCCAAGUGCUUCACAACUUUGUUCCCCUACUGGGUUGGUGAUGAGAAGGUCACAGAAAUUGCUAUAGAGCAGGAGGGUAAAGCCGUGGGCUACAAGGAAAAAGUUUCUGAUGUCCAUCGUAGGCUGACCAAGACUCGUUACACUCUGGCCGAGCUACAGGAGCGGCCCUUGCCUGAAGGCGUUGACCCACUGAAGUUGGAAUCAUACCUGGAUGAUGCAGAGUUUCAGGAGGUCCUUGGUGUGGGCAGAGAAGAGUUCUACAGUUCCCCUCAAUGGAGGCAGAAGCAGCUGAAGCAACCAGCUGGGCUGUUCUAGGAGACAUGGGAGUUUGAGUGGUGACCCCCAGAAGACCCCAGUCGACCCAGAAGACCCCAGUCAACCCAGAAGACCCCAGUGAAUCAGGAAGACCCUGUUCUUGGGGGCAUUAGCAGUGAGAAUGUCUCUGAACUGUGAAGACCCAAGUGUUCUUACAAUGCUUUAGCAUGAGGCUGAGCUUGCUUCAUGUUUAAAUCCUGUGCUGUGAAAUAAUUUGACAAAGGGACUUGUCUUUCAGAAGAUUUCUUGUCAUUUUGUAAUACUCUAGAUUAUGAGAAUGUCACUUAAGAUUCUAAAUAAUGAGAAAGUCACAAAAGAAUAGGAGUUUGUUGAUUGUGCUUCAAGGAACAUAUAUAUGUUGAUGAUUUGUACAUACUAGUAAAGCCAAAACAAAUGUUAACCCUGAGAGGACUUGUUGUACAGGAAUACAACAUACAAUGAGGAUUAUGUGGGAUAUAUGUGUACAGAGGUGUUGCAGAUAUAUUUUUGUUGAAAUCAUUUGUAUGAAAGGUGGUGACAUCACCUCAUUUAUAUGAUAAUGUACAAAAUUUUUAUAACUAUAUCAGUACAUUUUGAAGGGUAAAGUUAUUGUUUGUGAAAUGUUUGUUUUCUCCCUUGUUUAUUUUGGUGUAGUAUCCAUGGCAACAAGCUUGAAAAUUCUAUUGGUGGAGCUGUACAAGUAAAAAUAUAUCAAAAUAAAAACUGAGCUCAAAUCACCAAAACCAUUUCUCAUUAAUAAUUUUGGAAAAGUAAUCCCCCCCCCCCCCCUUGAGCAGUAAUUCUGAAAGCUUAACUUUCUGAAGCAAAUUUUUUUUAAAAGUAUAGAUCUUUAGCUUUUUAAUGCACCCAACCAAUAUAAUUUUUUAAAUAAUGUAUUUUUUUUUAAAACUUGUUAAAGUUUGUCCAGUAUAUCUACUGCACUGAGAACUAGAACUUAUGUAUCAAUAUAAAAGUGAAUAUAAGGUUUAAUACUGUAUAUUUUUCCUUGUGCCCUAAAUGGCUGUGAAUUUUUGUAAUAAAGAACUUAAAACAUUUCCUUUUGUGUGUAAACAUUUGCCCCCCUUUGUUUUGGAUAUUUGCUUUUCAUGACAUUUUUUUUUUACUGUUGGCAAUUGUAUAAAUACAGCUGCAUGAAUGAAUAAAUUAAAGCCAAAGCUAUUUGGAUAAAACUAAUUAGAGCCAAGAUAGUUAAUUGAGUUAGAGCCAAGAAAACUAGAUCCGAGAAUGAUAUAAGGCUUUAUUAAUUUUAGUUAAGAAUGUUAAUUUUCUUAACUAAUUUGAGAAAAGAAUGUUAUUUACCUAAACUUCAAACAUGUUAUGAAGCUUAAGUUCAGAUCUUGAUAAAUAUGUGUUCAUUUAGGGUGUACUUGUCACAGAUAGAGUGGGUGUUUUGAUGCAUGUUGUUUUUACAGAGCCGUUCAUUAAUAUUUACAUAUAGUGAUGUACUGGUUUGAUUUAGAUAUUAUAAAUUCUUUAUACAUUAAGUAUUUGCUUAGUUUUUUCUACACUUUCAAGCUUAAAGGCGCGCACAUUUAAUAAAAUAAAUUUUAAAUAUGCUAUUGAGAAUAUGUAUAUUCAUGUACAAAUGGUUGAUUUUAAAAACAUGUAAGCAGCUUUGUCCUAUCCUGUGCUUAAUGUAGUUUAAGUUGACAGAAAUGUGUAUUUUUCACAUUAUUUCUUCGGCGCAAGUUUUAUUUCUCAAAUAAUAAUUAUUUAACGCCCAUUCGCAGUACUAAAUCAUCCAUAUAAGUUCUUUAUAGUUAAGUAUCACAAAUAGUACCAGUAAAAAUUAUUUGAUAAAUAAAGCUCUGGUCCUAUUUUCAAAAAAUUAGCCAACGUAUAGUAAACACACUGAUAGUUUUUUGCUAAUUUUCUAAGUAUAAACACAAUCACUCUGAAUUUACAGUUACAAAUAAUUCACUAAACUUAAGUUUACAAUGUUUACAAAAUUGUUUUUCAAGUCUGUAUUUUUUUUUCACCAUAGUCCCAUUAUGUAUUAAGCAAGUAUUGUAUUCUAUGAAAUUUCUGUUUUGUGCUAAGUCCUCUAAUAAUAGACAAACUAUAAAAAUACUUUUUUUGAAUACACUGAGGGGGAAUUCGCAUUGGACUGUACAUAUAUAUUGAUAAAAUUUUCACAAAAUAUAUUAUAUAUAUAUAUAUAUAUAUAUAUAUAUUUGUAUGCAAAAUGUUUUUUUUUUUAAAUUGUGAAUAAAAAAUUGUCUUUACAUA